AUAUUUUAUAAACCUCGUCAACAAUUUACAAACUUGAGUUUCAUGCCCAAACGUCUAGAAUACUAUUUCCAGAUUAAAAUUUCAAUUCCUAUCUCUAAACAGUAUACACACACAAGAGGAGCUGUGUCCUGUAUGUAUAUGUGCGUGUAUAGUGUGUGAAAAAGCUGUAGAAAAACACACAGUAGUCAUCUCAAUAGUCCAAUUCUCAUCCGUACAUAUAUAUUCUCCCCCAUAGACUUAUCGUGUCUUUUUUAUAAUAAUUUUUACUGUUCUUAUUUUUAUUAUUAUUGCUACCCUUUUGAUUUUAUUAUAUAUAUUUAAUUAUAAGAGAGAUGCAGAAGCUUGAGAAAUUGAUGAUUAUAGUUGGACAUGGUGAAGCGUAAGGAACGAAUCGUCACUGACCUUUACUCUGGAACUCCUAACCCUCAGGGGGUGACAUCUCAACCCAAUAAAGGAAUUCACAGGCAUACUUUGGAUCAAAAUAUCAACGUGAAAGUGGACCCUGGGACAUGUAAUGUGUGUUUUGCUCCUUGUUCGUCUUGUUUGCAUACCAACCGAACUCGUAUGGAGCCCAAGAAUGCUGAAUAUCUAGAUGAGACCUCUAGAGAAAGUGCAAUCAGUUAUUCUGUAGAUGAUACAGUUGAAACUAAAAAGAGCAGAGGACGUAAGAGUUCACAGCAUACUGCUAGUGAAGAAGGUAAUAUGAUCACUAUGAAUUCCAAUCUUGGUUUGUGCAGUGAAAAUGCUGAAAUGGAAACUGCUCUUGAACUUACUAAUAUAUCUGGUUCAUUUCAAGAUACUGAAGUACCCAACAAGUUGUUAUAUGGUGGACCUGUUAAAGAGAAGCUUCACACUCCAAGUCCACCUAAAAAGGAUUUAGAUGAUGGUAAUUCCAUGAGCAACCUUGUGGACAUGAGAGGUCUAGAAGGUCAUGAUGACAACAUUUCAUGUGUCAGUGGCUCUGAUGAAGCAUCAAACAUGUCUAAUUCUAAUAAAGAAAUUACAGACACAAAAGCUUUAACAUUUGCUGGUUCUCCUAGUAGUUUAGCUUCUGAAGAUUACAUUAAAGCUGGUCAAUCCCAAGAAGCUUCAUUUAUGGAUAAGCAUAAAUUAGAAGUUCAGAACAAAUCUAGCGGGGAGGUUUUAUCUAGAGCUGUUUCUGGGCAGAAAUCUGCUUUAUAUGCAUCUUGUGAUAUCCAGGAAAACAUAAUUGGUCAUGUUGGAGGGAACUCUGAACCUUCGGCAAUAGAAUGUCUAAAGGUAGAAGCAGAGUAUAACAGGGUUGAAUUCCCGAGCAAACUUCUAAUUUCUUUAGAAGAAAAGAAAGAAGUAGAGAAGGACAGCGAGUUGCUUGCAUUGCCUGAAGCCAGGGAAACAUCUAUGCAUUCUGAUCCAGUGAAUGAGAGUGAUGAAUCUGAUAUUUUGGAACAUGAUAUAAAAGUUUGUGAUAUAUGUGGAGAUGCGGGUCGCGAAGAGUUACUUGCUGUAUGUUGCAGCUGUAGUGAAGGUGCAGAGCACACUUAUUGCAUGAAAGAAAUGAUGACUAAACUUCCGGAAGGAGACUGGCUGUGUGAAGACUGCAAGUUCGAGAAAAGAGAAAGAGAGGAGAAAGCUAAAUAUAAUUUAGUGGAUGGAGAUGGUGUUGCCCAAAAAAAUGCUGAUCUUGGAAAUCUAGAUGGGUUACACACAGAUGCGAACAUUAUUAAAGCUGAGAAGGAAAGUUUACAUGGGAAAAUUUAUCGGAAAAGAAAAGCUGAUGAUACAGAAGUUUCUUCAUCAGCAAAAAGACAAGUUUUUGAAUCAACAAUUAGAUCUCCGAAGAUCUCGAGUCCCAGAAGAGCUGAUGUGCUUUCUCGUGAUAGUUCAUUUAAAAACUCAGAUAGGGGAAAAGUGAAGCCUGCUUCUCAAAUUCCUCCUGGUGUUCAGACUGGUAAGAGCAUUCCAGAGGUUGCAAAUCCUUCUCUAGAUGCACGACAAAGCACAUCUCGAGGCACUUUUUUGAGGUCCAAAUCAUUCAGUUCAGCAAGUGCAAAACAAAAAGUUAAGCACAUAGAUGAAGUAGUUCCUCAAAAGCAUAAAUCUAACAGAGAUAAUGCCUCCCUUGGCACAAAGGGAGGGGGCAGCAGGACUAUGGGCAAAUCUAUGUCAUUCCAUGCUUUUAACUCGGGUGGUUCGAAUUCAACUGACUUGAAAGCUAAAAUGUUCUCUCCAAAGUAUUCUCAUGGUCAGGAUAUAAAAGGACAGAAUACUAAAGAGCGGAGCUUGGUUGAGAGAAAAAAUUCACUGAGAUUAGAACGUCCUCUGGUCAAUUCGGUAGUAACCACUUCUACUACCUUAUCUCCUGAGGUUGAUAGAAACCUACCUGUUCGUGAUAAAACUGGUCCAUUUUGUUCGACAAGUAACAAUCGUGAUGUGAAGUCCGCUCAGUCUGACAAUAAAUUGAUACAAGUGUCCAGACCAGUUAAUAAAGCUAUCAGUAACGGUUCAGAUGUACCUGUUCUUUCAGGUGAAGGUACAAAGCAGUUGUCUGCCAGCAGAAACGACAAUGAUGAAGGGAAGACUGUAAAUGCUAAAACGAAGGUUGAUUGCUCUUCAACUUCUCUUAGCAUUGAAGGGCCAAUUAGCAAAUCUAGUGAAAGUUUACCAGAUGGGUUAAAUAAGACCCGAGUAUCGACAAAUAUGGUUGAGAGUGCCAGGGGAAAUUCUAAUACUCAAUUGAAGCAUAGUACAGCUGGUGAAAAAUUUACUCUGUGUCAGAAAUGCAAAGAAGUUGGCCACUCUGCAGAGUUCUGCACCAUUGACAGCCCAGAGAAGUCACUUGUUCCAGAUCUUCAUACUUCAAGAAGUUCGAAGGAUCUGAUCCACAAAGAUAACAAGUUGAAAGCUGCUAUUGAAGCUGCAUUGCUUAAAAAGCCUGGAUUAUACAGAAAGAAGAGAACUACAGACCACUUUGAUGAGUUAACUGUGUCUGGCAUUAAUAGUGAAGUAUGUUCUCAAGAUCAGCAAACUAACACCCGUAUCCUAAGAAAAUCGGUGUCCGGAGACGAGGUUAGUAUGGAGGCAGCAAGUGCAUGGAACACCAAUACAGAGUUUGUAAAGCAGGCAACUGGUGCGGAUGUGAAGCAAUUAACAAACUCAGCUGAAGCAGUUACAGCCUUGUUACAUUGGCCUCUUCCCCCUGCCACAGUCAAGUCUGUUAUGGACUUGCCAAGUAAUUCUCAUAUGUCAAUUUCUGACCUUCCGAUCACGUUAGCCAUCCCGAAGCAUGAAUACAUUUGGCAAGGGUGUUUUGAGGUAUGUAGAAGUGGAAAACAGCCAGGCUGUUAUGAUGGAUUUCAAGCCCAUUUGUCAGCCGGCGCAUCACUAAAAGUUCUUGAAACAAUAAACAAGUUUCCAAGCACAGUUGUUUUGAAUGAAUUACCUCGUCACAGUGUGUGGCCGAUACAGUUUGAGGAAAAUGGAGUUAAGGAGGAACACAUUGCCCUAUAUUUUUUUGCUAGAGAUCAUGAAAGCUACGAGAAAAGCUACAAGUCGAUUCUGGAGAGUAUGAUCAGGAAUGACCUUGCUCUGAAAGGGAACAUUGAUGGUGUUGAAAUUUUGAUAUUUCCAUCUAAUCAGCUUCCGGUGAAAUACCAGCGUUGGAAUGCAAUGUUCUUUUUCUGGGGUGUACUUAAAGGAAAGAGAAACAGUUGCUUGCAAAAAGUGCCUGUUUCCCCAAAGAAAACAGCUGGUUCCCGAGACACGGGCACAGCUAAUAUGUCUUCUUCACUUGUUCCAGUAGACAAAGAUUCGCCUACAUUUAAGAAAGCUGGUAAGACGAUAUCUGAUGUCCAUCCAAUGAUAGAUCUGCAGUGUUCACCAUUAACGAAAAAGAAUAAUGGGAAUAUUGAUGGUAAAUCAGUAUCCCAUUCCCAACAAAGUGAUUGUGUAAAUGCUACAAAGGAACAGCAAGGGUGCAGACUUGACUGCAAUUCAGUACCUACUGACGAAAUCAAACCUCCAGAAUCAUGGGAAGAUACUGGAUCCAGAACAAAUUCGCUGGAGAGACAGGUUGAUAAGGACUCCGCAAUCAAAGUUGCCAGAAGUGCUUGCGACUCUAACUCUUCUGAUGAUAAGGAGACAGGUCACUUGAGUACUCCAUAUGAUCUGCAUCAUUUGCCUCAGAUUAACAGUAAAGUUGCAGCUGGCGAGCAAGAUCCUGCUUCCUCACGAAUCUUAGGGGAGGUAGAUAAUGAAGAGAAACUGAGAAUGGGGAAUUCUGGUACUGAAGGAUUUUUUGAAGCGGAAACUGUUGCGGAGAAGGUGACUCCGAAACUUCCAAGUCACAAGGAACCUUACAGCCGGCCUUCAACUUGCACAAAGCAAUUAAAUAUUGAUUCUCUAGUGUCAAAAUCAGAAGCCAGUAUUUUUGGCUCAAGUCAAGCUCUACAUGUGAAUGACAGAGACAGCAUAUUUGAUACUGGAGGAAUUGUGAAUAAAAAACCAAGAUUGGACUACAAUGAUCUGUAUGACCUGAAUGAUCACACAAGUUCUUCAAGAGAUAGUUUAUUGAUGCAAGAUUCAGUGACCAGUUUUCCAGUGUUGAAGAAACAUGAGGAAGGUUCUGAUGAGACGUCGGUCAGGACUCUAGAAAAUGCUGAGAGGUAUUUUUUUCCUGUAGAUCCUUAUCAUGCGCAGCAUCUUGGGUUGGGUGAUAGUUCUGUUCUUCAAAAGAGGCGAUUGUCAGAGAAUGUGGAGGAAUUUUUUCAAGAUAAGAUACCAAAUCUUGAGCUCGCUUUAGGGGCUGAAAUGAAGCUGCCUGUAAAACAAAGCCUCCCACAUUUUUUAGCUUCAGAAAUAGAGAAGAAUAACCAGAGUCAGCCUCCCGGUAAGUUGCCUGUGAAACAAAGCUUCCCCCAUUUUUUAGCAGCACAAAUAGAGAAGAAUAGCCAGGAUCAGCCUCCUGGAAGGACAUUUACCACAGCAGAGGAGGAUGCUUCUGCAGCCCUCUCGCUUUCGCUAGCUUUUCCCUUUACAGAUAAGGCGCAGGCGGGUCGGCCAGUUGAAACGAAAGAGCUGCUCCCUACAGAAAGGCAGCAUGAGGUUAACUUUCUUAAAGGGUUUUUGGACAAGUAGAUACAACGUUGGGAUCACUGUAUGUGGAUGUGGUAGUGUUAUACUACAUCAUGUAUAAUGAUAUACACCGUGGGUUGUAUGUGAAACCCCAGUCCCUGAUGUUCAUAAGCCACAUAUUGUCUUUCAUGUGAUCUUUUGGUUUGCAAAUGGAUAGAUAAAGAUGUUUGUAUAUAUAGACAGAGAGCAGUAUAGCUUUGAGUUGGAAGAGGAAAUUUUGGAUGAUGGUCAAUAACCAAGAUAGGUUUUAUUUCUUGGACCA